CUACUUUUCUUCCGAGAUCGAACCCAUUCUCACUCCACUGCAACUCUCCCCGGCAUCGGAUUCUUCCGUCAUCCGCAUUCUCCCUCUCUCUCUCUCUCUCCGUUCUCGCCGAUCGCGCGAAGCAGAAGCACACAAUUCGCGCUCCCCCCGUCGCCGCGAAUCGGAGUUCGGCGGGAACCGGGCGUCGGGGCUCCGCGGCGGCGGCGGCGUCCGUCGGCGGCGGCAUGGGGCUGGGGCUCGCGGCGUUCCUGGCCGGGUGCGUCUUCGGGGCGCUCGCGAUGGUCGCGGCCGAGGUCCUGGUGGUUCUGGUCUUGCUUGAUCGGCUGAGCCGGAAGGUAGGGAAGUCGGAGGCGUCUCUGUCGGCGGCGCGCGACGUGGAUCACCAGCAAUCGCUCGAUUCCGCUCGCCGCAAGCAGGGGGAUGUUUGGGUUCUUGAGCCAGAAAGAGUUCCAAAAGGUCGGGUAGAGAAAGCACAGCGUGAGCAAAAGAGGAAAAACGACUUUUUUGAGGUUUUACCUGUUCGGAAGCAUGCCAUAAUCAAGGACCAUUCGCUCAUUUUUACAGAAGCAGAUGGUUCUCCCACUGCUAUACCGUUGAAGGGGUGUGUUAUUGAGGCCGUUUCAGCAACAGACUUAUCUUCUAGAAAAUGGGCCAAAAGGUACCCUAUCAAACUGGAAAGUAAGAGCUCAGCAAUCUAUAAAGGAAGCAAGGUCUUUUACAUUUAUCUUGAGACUUCAUGGGAGAAGGAGUCGUGGUGCAAAGCCCUUCGUCUUGCCUCAUGUGAUGACAGAAAAAGACUUACCUGGUUUUCCAUGUUAGAUGGCACAUUUAAGAGCUACUUGGCGUCUUUACAUGAAGAAUAUCCAUCAUUUAUGAAAACUCCUGCCCCAGUCUAUACUGAGUCGAUUGAUAGGGAAAAUAGGACCGAUGGUUCUUCCUCAAGGGUUCGUUUAUUCUGGAAAAAAUUUACAAAGAAGGUGUCUAAGGCUGGCAUAGAGAAUAAGUCAUCUUGGGUAUCAUCAUCUAGCCGUGAAGAAAGAAAGAUGAAUGAGAGACUUAUCGGUCACCAAGAUUCUGCUUCAGCUCCUGGUUCAUUAAGGGCAUCUCCUCCUCAACAUUCAUUAUCUUUACCCCACUCCAGAAGUCAGGGUCAUAUCUCUGUGGUCUCUGAUGUUGAUUCCGAUGACAAAUUCGGAGUAGAUGAGGGAACAAUUUGUUGGAACUUGCUAAUUUCGCGGCUCUUCUUUGAUGCCAAAAGUAAUGAAGAGACUAAAAGAUCCUUACAAUCUAGAAUUCAGAGGACUCUGUCCAACAUGAGGACUCCCAGUUAUAUUGGAGAAGUCUUAUGCACUGAUAUUGAAAUUGGAGAUCUCCCUCCUUAUAUCCAUGGCAUGAGGAUUAUUCCCCAAGACAUGAGUGAAAUCUGGGCUUUUGAAGUAGAUGUCGAAUAUUCUGGUGGUGUGAUAUUGGACAUUGAAACAAGAUUAGAAGUUCAUGAAUUAGAUCUUCAGAAUGAUAUAUCAAACUCUGAAGAAGUCUCGCCAGAUCUUCUUGAAGAUUUUGAGCAUUUGCGAAAGCAGCUGAAUCUUUCUGAAGGGGGAAAUGAUGCAUUGGAGGAGAAGGGCGAAUCAGAUCCUAAACUAGUUUCAGAGGGAAUGAAGAGUUCUAAGAGCAAUAUGUCAGCAACUCACAAGUCCAGGUGGAAGUCUAUUCUAAAUACAAUUGCCAAACAGGUCUCACAGGUGCCAUUAACUUUGCGGAUUAAGGUGGCUUCUCUUCGAGGAACACUGCGGGUGCAGAUAAAGCCACCCCCUUCAGAUCAACUGUGGUUUGGUUUCUCGUCAAUGCCUGAUAUAGAAUUUAACCUGGAAUCAUCUGUUGGUGAACACAGAGUCACUAGUGGACACAUUGCUUCUUUCCUAAUAAACCGUUUCAAGGUCUCGAUACACGAUACCAUGGUGCUUCCUAACUGCGAGAGUCUACGCAUUCCAUGGAUGCUAGCGGAAAAGAAUGACUGGGUUCCACGAAAAGCUGCUCCUUUCAUCUGGCUUAGUCAAGAAGGCACCAAAGAUCUGAUGCCGAUGAUUGAGAAGCCCUGCUCUCAACCAGUUGAGGCAAAACCGAAGACUGACUUAAGGAGGCAAGCAUCGAGUGGUCAUUCUGAAAGCAAGCAGCAAAAGGUGAACGCCAAAGAUCUGAUGCCCACGAUUGAGAAGCCCUGCUCUCAACCAGUUGAGGCAAAACUGAAGACCGAAUUAAGUAGGCAACCGUCAAGUGGUCAUUCCGAAAGCAAGCAGCAAAAGCUAAACAAUGCAGACCCUGAGCCGACAUCAACCAGCGAACCCCUGGUGUCACCGGGACCUACAAAUGCGAUCAACCUUCAAAAGCGGAGCAUAUCUUCACAAGAAUUGACAACCCCGUUAUUACUGCACGAUGAGCCCAGGGAUGACUCCCAACGGAAUGGAGAGACUCCGGUGGCCGGUUCGCCGUCGAGGUCCAUAAUUAUAUCAGAGAAUCAAGAUCAGACGAUGGAACACGACGACGCAAGGCCAAAGAGGAUGGGAACGAGAGCGAGGAUGUUCGAUCUGGGGAAAAAGAUGGGCGAGAAACUCGAACGUCGUAUCGAAGAGAAAAGAAAGCACAUUGUCGAGAAGAUGCGCGGACCGACGUAGAGAUCAAUCCAGAAUUUAGACCGCUGGUAAAAUUGGAUUAUGAAAUCGAAAUGCAGAAAGCAACAUGUUCCAGCUGAGGAGCUCACGUCGCAUAGCCUUUUUUUUUUUUGUUGCAAUAGUCACACCAUCUAUUCUUCACUCUUCAAUAUCCCUUGUCUCUGUUCAACAUUGUAAAGUAUAUAAUUGGGAAUACCUCAUUUACUUCGUAAUA